GUCAACAGCCGCCUCCUCCAGAUCAAGCCACCACACUGUGUGACAAGGCUGCCUCGUUCACUCAACGAGCGCAGUUUCUGGAAAGCGUCAGAGUGGAGACUCUGGCUUCUGUUUUACGCUCUUCCUUGCCUCGUGGACAUUCUGCCUCUGGAGUAUUGGAAACAUCUCUCCAAGCUCUCGCAAGCAAUACACAUCUUGCUACGUGAGACCAUCACAGCCGACGAGAUCAAGCGUGCAGAAAAUCUGCUGAUCGACUUUGUUGGUCGCUGUGAGGCCUUGUAUGGAGUGGCUUCGCUUACGUUCAACGUGCACCAGCUCCUCCACCUGCCAAACUCCGUGCGUCAGUUGGGACCACUUUGGGCGCAAUCCGCAUUUGUUUUCGAGGGAGGAAACGGAAAGUUGGUGAAGCUGGUCUCUGCAGCUAGAGGACUUCCGGAUCAAAUCGUAGAGCGAGUCGUAAUGACGCAGCAGCUUGAAUGCCUUCUGGCAGAUAGCAACGUGGCAAUCACUGCCAAUGAGCGGAGUGUGUGUGAAAGAUUUCUUGAUUAUUCACACAUCCAGAAUGCCUGCUAUGUUGAUGAAGCAUGCUUGCUAGGACGUGAAAAAGCUGCCAUUCUAACAGCUAUCGAGGAACGUGCGCUAGAGGUCUACGGUGGGACAGGCACAGUUGGCAGCGCUUUGGAAUACCAGCGUUUUGUGUACAAGGGGCAGGUGUUCCAUAGCACCGCAUACACAAGAGCUUCAAAGAGUGACACCACUGUAGUGUCAACUGCUGAUGGGGAGUAUUUCAGAAUUAAGAGAAUUCUCCAUGUUGCUGGUCUCGGGUGCACGCUCCUUUGCAGACGGCUGGUGUUACGGGAGACACCACUCUUUCCUGAGCAUAUAAAGGAAUGUUUUCCUUCGCAGGUAGACAUCUGUAAGGUGCUGAAACCCGAGGACAUUAAGGCCAACUGCCUUUUCAUGGUGUUUCCGGCUGACAGCAAGUGCUUUGUGUGUGACAUGCCGAACAAAAUUGAGAGGGACUAAAGUUCUUUAACAUGUAUACAGGGCUUUUUUUUCCUCAUUCUUUACAGAAUUUAAAAAAGCGUGUGUUGGGUACAUAGAUUCCGUCUUCUCUGUGUACUUCUGGGGCUCGGCAGACAUUAGAUGAGUGGAUAAACGUCACAAUAUUUUGACUAAUUAAUCAAAAUGUGUUGAUUGAUGUUUUAAUUAACAGUUUAAUGGGCCACAUACACUAUCAGUUUUAAAGAGCGCAAUGUCUAUCUGCCAUUUAAGUGAUGCGACAGCUCUCUA